CCCGCCGCCAUGGUGCAAAUCGUGACCGUCAAGACCGAGGCCUACGCCGACCAAAAGCCCGGCACCAGCGGCCUCCGCAAGCGGGUCAAGGUGUUCCAGGGCCACGCCAACUACGCGGAGAACUUCAUCCAGAGCAUUAUCGCCACCAUCGAGCCGGCCCAGCGGCAGGAGGCCGCCCUGGUGGUGGGCGGGGACGGCCGGUUCUACAUGCGGGAGGCCAUCCAGCUCAUCAUCCGCAUCGCCGCCGCCAACGGGAUUGGCCGCUUAGUAAUUGGACAGAAUGGAAUUCUAUCUACCCCUGCUGUAUCCUGCAUUAUUAGAAAAAUCAAAGCUAUUGGUGGCAUAAUUUUGACAGCAAGUCACAACCCUGGUGGACCCAAUGGAGAUUUUGGCAUUAAAUUCAAUACUUCAAAUGGAGGGCCCGCUCCUGAAGGGAUUACUGAUAAAAUUUUCCAGAUUAGCAAAACUAUUGAAGAGUACGCUAUAUGUCCAGAUCUACAGGUAGACCUCAGUACUCUUGGAAAGCAGCAAUUUGACUUGGAGAACAAGUUUAAACCAUUCACAGUUGAAAUUGUGGACUCAGUAGAAGCUUAUGCCAAUAUGUUGAGGAAUAUUUUUGAUUUUAGUGCACUAAAAGAACUACUCUCGGGUCAAAACCAUCUAAAGAUUCGCCUAGAUGCUAUGCAUGGAGUUGUUGGUCCUUAUGUAAAAAAGAUCCUCUGUGAAGAACUUGGAGCACCUGCAAAUUCUGCUGUGAAUUGCACGCCUCUUGAGGACUUCGGUGGCCACCAUCCAGAUCCAAACUUAACGUAUGCUGCUGACUUGGUCCAGAGCAUGAAGACUGGAGAUUAUGAUUUUGGAGCUGCCUUUGAUGGAGAUGGGGAUCGCAACAUGAUACUUGGAAAACAUGGAUUCUUUGUGAAUCCUUCAGACUCUGUGGCUGCCAUUGCUGCAAAUAUUUUCAAUAUUCCUUACUUUCAACAAACAGGAGUCCGGGGGUUUGCCCGAAGUAUGCCUACUAGUGGAGCAAUUGACAGGGUGGCCAAAGCUACAAAGAUUGCUUUGUAUGAAACUCCAACAGGUUGGAAGUUCUUUGGAAAUCUGAUGGACGCAAACAAAUUAUCUCUGUGUGGAGAGGAGAGUUUUGGUACUGGGUCUGAUCAUAUUCGUGAAAAAGAUGGACUUUGGGCUGUCUUGGCAUGGCUGUCAAUCAUAGCUGUCCGCAAACAGAGUGUAGAAGAGAUCUUGAAAGAUCACUGGCAAAAAUAUGGGAGGAACUUCUUCACGAGAUAUGACUAUGAAGAGGUGGAUGCUGACAGUGCAAAUAAGAUGAUGAAGGAUCUAGAGACAAUGUUCUUUGAUCGUUCCUUCGUGGGGAAAAAGCUAUCAGCCGGUGACAAAUCAUAUACUGUGGAGAAAGCCGAUAACUUUGAAUACAGUGAUCCUGUGGAUGGAAGCAUCUCAAGAAACCAGGGUUUGAGGCUCAUCUUUGCUGAUGGUUCUCGCAUCAUCUUUAGACUAAGUGGUACAGGAAGUGCUGGAGCAACUGUGCGGCUGUAUAUUGACAGCUAUGAAAAAGAUCCUUCCAAAAUAUAUGAAGAUCCACAGGUCAUGUUAGCUCCCCUCAUCUCCAUUUCACUGAAGCUUUCUCAGCUUCACGAGAGAACCGGCCGCACAGGCCCCACGGUCAUCACAUAAACAUGGAAUCUGAGGCCACUGGAAAGACGACUUGGAGUGACUGGCAGCUGUCAGUUGGAAUCAGCUAGUCUUCCUUUCUAUUAUCAAAUGUAUCCCUAAAACUGCUAAUACUAUUUAAAAAGCACGAUGAAGUGAGAAAAGAUGUCAUUUUUUAAAAAAAAGAGCAAAGUUUACACUGUGUGUAUGCCGAUAGACGUUGUCUUUGUUAAUUGUUGCCUUUCUAAUUCGUGCAUAGUACUUACUUAGUAUGCUGCUUUUGGUUUAGUAGGAGUUAAAACAAAUUACUGUAUGAAAAAGAACCGUGGGAGUUAAUCCUGUUGCCCUUUCUUUUUCAGAAGUUCCUGAAUGGCCUCUGCACAAAGGGCCUUUUUGUUGGCAGUGUGUAGAGUUCCUUUUAAUCUUUGUGCCACAAAGUAUGCAAUCACUGUGAAUGACUGUCUGCUCCCCCUUCUCUGGAACAUCCUGUUUCAAAGAAUAUCUAUCAGUUGAACUCUGUGCCACAAUCUGCUGUACAAAGACCCUUCCAUGGAAAUCAUCACUAAUACAAGCAUUGCAAAACAUUAAAAUGAAAUGAAGCA